AUGGCACUAGGUGCGGCCUGGCUCCUUGUCCUCCAGCUUGUCUUACGGCCAACUCUGGUGAUAGGCAUCAAGAUGGAGAUCGCCAUCAAGAACUUCCGCACCUUACACGUUGACUACCCCAUGAUUCACUACCCAAAGGGUUUCCUCGGGUAUUGUAAUGGCCUCAUGGCCUAUGUGAGGGGCAGACUGCAGGACUGGUACUGCCCUAAGAUCCACUAUGUGGUCCAUGCCCCCUGGGAAGGCAUCCGGAAGUUCUGCAAAUAUAGCGAGAGCUUCUGCGAGAACUACAAUGAGUACUGUACCCUCACUCAGAAUUCCUUCCCCAUCACAGUCUGUACCUUGGGCUCUAAACAGCCACCAACCAGCUGCAGCUACAACAGCACACUGACCAACCAGAGGCUGUACCUGCUCUGCUCCAGCAAGCAUAAUGCCGAGCCGAUAGGUAUCAUCGGCCUCUACUAGGAACUUCACUCGCAAACCAGGCCCGCCUCGCACAGGCCUCCACAUGCCACCCCAAAGCCUGUUCCCAAAGCCAGAACUGACUUCUGAGGCAGAGCCCUGCCCUCCUUCAGGUUCUUUUCACCUUCCCAUCACCGCCACCAUAGCUUCCCUCUCCCAGCGACAGGAAAACCCACCCAAGAAGCUGAUGGUGUCCAGCUGGCAGGGCUUGUCUAUCUACUGGGCCAGAUCCCAACGUCUGGAUGGAGGCCCAGGCCCCAGCUCACACCAUAGCAACAGGCACCCAGUUCCAGUAUUUCUCCCUAUCCCUGUUUUUAGUGUCGGUCUCUCCCAUUUCCCUUAUAAUUCAUGCCACUCUUCAGCAAAAGGAACUUCCCUACGACCCGACCCUUAGGCCCAUUUUGUCUCAUCCUCCCCGCACCCCGCCUCUUCUUCCUCCAGCCUGCACUUCUCUGUGGUUUUCCCUUCCAUUUCAUAUCUCUUCUUCCCCACCAUGGAGUCUAGUGCUCUUUCCCCCUACUCUCCCAGCCACUCAUAGCCAUGCUGCCUACCUUUUCCCAGCCUGUCUCCCAUCCUUCUCUUGCCUAGGUGCACCAGAAUUUCAAGUUAUCUUUUUUGUUCCUCCCACGGUCCCUCAGUCCCCCUUUCCUCCCUCAUCUCUGCCCACCAUUUCCCAGAUCCCAGGGCCUAUGCCACUCAGGUGGCAGAUGAUGAGG